UGUGGAGACCUGGAGCUGCAAAUGUUGCGUUAAAUACCGACAUAAAGUCACAGGCUUGCUCUAAAUUAGUGCGGGCAGUCUUGGCACGUAUUACAAACACUGCACAUUUCAAACAGCCGUGAUUUCUUGUUUGGGUUGGGAAAACACCGGCCGGUCCCGGUGGUUGAAUAUUCGCGGCUUCUGUUGUUGUCUUCCUCUCUUCCCCAAACGGGAAGUAUUCUCUGACUGGAGUCAUAUGAUAUGUCCGCAGGGAACGAGGAACACGCCUGUGAGAGAGCGCCGCUGUCAAACUGAAACGACAGAAGAAGUCAAACCUCAAAUACAGGAACAUGUUGCCCUCUCAGAGGAAGGUUGCCGAGGAGGAUUUUUGUCAACUCCACACGUGAAACUUUGCGAGCGCUUCCCGUGUCGUGUGAGCUGUUCCCGGCGGCUGCUGCUCUGAUCCCAUGCUAUGCGGCAGCGAUGCGGCCGCUAGCAGCUGUUUGUGGGCCUUGAAGCGCCGUAAUAAGCUAAAUGUGCGUCAAGUCGCCGGGUGGGAAACAGUAGCCUACUUGAAAGAUCAUGGUUAACAAAGAGGAACUGGAAGAGAGGUUGAAGAAACUACUAGUGAGGUUAAAAAACCCACCGGAAGACAGGCAGCUAAACACACUGAUUCAAAUCAUCCAGGAUCUGCUUUUCCUGGCGCACACAGACUGUGCAGCAGAGCUGUUUGAAGACAAAGAUGUUCAGAGGCCUCUCAUGCCGGUGUUGUCAUCUCACAUCAACGCCAGAGGAGUCCAGCAGGUGGGCUGGUCACUGCUGUGCCGGCUGGUGGAAAUAUGCCCUGCUACACUGGAUCAGCUGACCAGACCUCUGCAGGAAGCCAAGGACAGUGAGGUGCUGGGAGUUCACCAGCAGAUUCUGAAAGUACUGUCCCAGUACAGGAAGGACUGCAGAGUGACCAUGGUUGGACUCCGAGCCCUGGCUCUUCUGCUCAGAUCAGAGUUGCUGCCUCUGCUGGUGCUGGACGAGGAGGAGGAGGAUGUGUUUGGCCUGGUGGUGCAGGCGAUGAAGACAUUUCCUAGCAGUGAAGAAGUGCAGCUGCAAGGCUGUUGUGCCCUGCAGGUCCUGCUGGAGAGAGUGAGCGAUGACCAUCUAAUGGAGUUUAUGGAGAACCAGGACCAUGUCGUGGUCUUGGAGGCUCUGCAGAGGUUCCCGGACAGUCCUGACCUGUUGCUACAGGCCAUAAAUGUGCUGCUUCCUCUGGCCCGCCCUGGCAGUAAUGUGGAGAUACUGAUGUCAGGAGGAGUGAGGUGCUACAGCGUGCUCAUCGCCGCCAUGGACGCCUUCCCCGAGAUAGAGGAGCUGCAAGAGACAGCCUGCUGUCUGUUCCGAAAGUUUACAUCAGAGAGUUACUACAACAUCCUGGUAUUGAACGGUGCACAGAGGGUUGCAGUCAGAGCCUGUGAGACUUUCCCUGACAACGCCACACUGCAAGCCGCUGCACUCUCCUGCCUGGCUGACCUCACUGCAACCAUAGUGCAGAACAAAGCAGUGGCUGAGCAGGGUCUGGAGGAUGGAGAGGAGGAGGAGAACAGGGGUAAAGAGGAAGUGGAGGACAUGGACCUGGGCUGGAUGGAGGUCUGCUGCACCGCACUGGAGCUCCAUGCCGCUGAGCCGGCCGUACAGGAAGCUGCAAGUUGGGCCAUUCACAGCCUGUUACUGUAUGGAGCUGGACUGAACCAUUCAGCAGAGGAGCAGGCUGACAGGACUCCUGUUCACAGGCAGUUAAUGGCAGCCAUGCUGCUCCACUCCUCCUCUCCCCAAGUGGUCACAGCUGCUACCAGUGCCAUGGGUGCACUCAUUAAAAAUAACAGUAAAAUAUGCUCACUGCUGUUGUCCAACGGCCUCCAUGUCAACCUGGUGGAGAUGAUGAAGAAACACUCGACCUCUGUCAAAGUUUCCAUCAGUGCCUGCAAACUGCUCAACCUCCUCUUCCAGGGAAGGACAGCCAGUUUGGAUGAGCUGAACAUGGCAAUGAGUCAAAUCCUCAGCAACAUGAAGAUCCACAACUUUGAGCCCGAGCUGCAACUGGAGGCGCUGCAGGCCAGCCUGGUCUUCCUCUGUCCAGACAGGAGUUUACGGGAGCAUGGCGUCUCUGUGGCGGACCCUGACAUGGCUGACGUGUCACUAAAGGUCCUGAAGAACCAGUGUGUGGUUGAGGGAGCUCACACGGUCUACUUGGAGGUUCUCAACAGGUUUAUCAGCAGCUCAUCCAUACAGAAGUGCGGUCUGAGGGUGCUGUCGGCUCUGGCAGACUGUUCGGGUGCAGUGGACCUGCUCUGCCAGCAGGGGGCCAUAGACACAGUGCUACAUACACUACAGAUGUUCCCAAGUGAACGAGAGAUACACUACUGGGGUCUGAACCUGCUUUACUACCUCGUAUCCAAGAAGAAGCUGUCGAGAAUGAUGGUACCAGUUCUGGCCUCCGUUCUGGUCGCCUCUCUCAACCAGUAUAAAGGAGACCCUGAGAUGUUACUGAAGGGUUUUCAGGUGGCUCUAAGGAUGAUGGAUGCCUGUUCGGGAGCAGCUGCUGAACUGCAGAGAGAAGAUUUUGACAGGCAGAUCUUCCAGCAGCUCAGAGAGGACGCUCCUGACCAGAGUCACAACGCACAACUGCGUAAGUCCGCUUGCCUGGCUCUGUCUAAGAUGUGGUGUGACUCAGAGUUGCGGUACAGCAUGCUGGAGAAGGCUUGCAAGGAUGGAGACACAGUGAUGGCCGAGUGUCUCAUCCAGCUGGGCGCCGACAUCAACAAGAAGACAAAGACCGAGUCUCUCAUCUACCAGGUGUGUGAGAGAGGUGGACCGCUGGACCUGGUGGAGGUGCUGCUCAGCCGAGGUGUCCACGAGCAGCACCUCCGCAGGGCUUUGACGGUCAGCGUGAAGCAGGGAGACGGACCCAUCAUCAUCCAGCUUUUGUGCCGUCUGGGUCUGGACCUGAACAACAGCGCCCUCUGCCUGGGGGGCUUCCGCUUGGGCCGCCUGCGCUCUGCCUGGCUUAGCCCCCUGCUGGCAGAAAGAGGCAGAGCACACAGUCUGCGUUAUGGCAACAGUAAAGGGGUGAGCUUGGCCUGGUACAUCCAGUCUCUCCAGAGGUCCAAGAGCGUUGCUGGUGGUCCCAGGACUCUGGGGGACCCUUGUCUGACCUCCGGUUACACGUCUGAUGAGAGUGACGACUCCAGUUUUAGUUUUGUCUCCAUGGACGACGGCCUGGUUUUCAAUGACGACAUGGAGAGCGACGGAAGUGAUUCACUGUCAUUGGCUCUGUCUCCAAAGUCUCGGAAUAAUUCAGCAGAAGAGUUGAGAGCAGGGUCCUUCAAAAGGAAGCAGGGGCGCCACCGACAUGCCAGUGCAGAGAGUGGCCAAGCUGAGAAUGAACACAGUGAGCCCGUGCAAAGAAGAUAUGGAAGGGCUAGCUCAAACCAAAAAGGUAUCUGCUCCCCAUUGCCGGGUGCUGGGGAGAAUUUGUCCUCGCUGCAAAAGGAAAAGGAGAGGAUCCGCCUGCUGGAUCUGUCAGGGAACGAGCUGGACUCUCUGUGCUGUCUGAUGGACGAGGGCUCGGUCCAGCAGCAGCUGGAGCAUCUCUUUCGCCUGGACCUGAGCCACAACAUCUUGUUAGAGUUUCCCUCUGUACUGUGCCAGAGCUUGAAGAGUUUGACUCGACUGGACCUCCAGGGCAACCAGCUUCAGUCGCUUCCAGUGGAGCUGCUGGCCCUGCCUGCGCUGAGCACGCUCAACGUCUCACGCAACUCUGUCGGUCCCCUGCUGACCCUAGACCCGACUGUCAUCUGCCCAUCGCUGCGGCAGCUCAACCUGUCAUUUAACAAAAUCACCACCUUCCCGCAUCAGCUGGGCCAGGCUAUGGACCAGCUGGAGGAGCUGUCAAUGGAAGGUAACAGUAUCAGUGAGCUGUGCACUCCCGUGUGUCUGCCGGAAGUGAAGCUGCUGGAUGUGAGCAAGAACAACAUAGAGAACAUUUCCCCAGACUUCCUGACCAGCUGCCCCAAGCUAGAGACCUUCAGCGCCUCCAUGAAUAAACUCUGUUCCCUGUCACAUGUGCCAUCCAAGAUCACAACACUGAAACUGGCAAACAACAGUUUCACUUACAUUCCAGAGGCCAUACUUGAUCUCCCAAAUUUGCGGUCAGUAGACAUGAAAUCCAACGACAUUGCUGUAUUACCGGGCCCGGGGUUCUGGGCGUCCAUCAACCUCCGAGAGCUGAUGUUUAGUCAGAACUGUAUUGGAGCUCUGGACCUGAGCGGACCAAUCCACAAAUGGGCCAGGCUGGAGAAACUUCACCUGGGUGACAACAGGCUCACUGAGAUCCCUCCUCAGAUCGGCCUGCUGGAAGAGCUGACCUCCCUGGAUGUGAGCCGUAACCCCGGUCUGCGGUCCUUCCCUGAUGAGAUGGGGAAGCUGGGGAAACUGUGGGACCUACCACUGGACGGCCUGUGUCUUCAGCUGGACCUCAAACUCAUUGGCAGCAAGACCAAAGACAUUGUCAGGUUUCUGCAGCAGCGGCUGAAGAAGGCAGUGCCUCACUAUAGGAUGAAGCUCAUUGUGGUGGGGAACGCCGGCAGUGGGAAGACCACCCUGAUCCAGCAGCUGAUGAAACUGAAGCGAUCCCAGUUGAACUCAGAGCGGACCAACAUCGGUAUCAGUGUCCGAGACUGGACCAUCCGGGAACGGGACAAGAAGAACAUGGUCCUCAACGUGUGGGACUUCUCAGGUGGAGAGGAGUUCAGUGGCUCACAUCCACACUUCCUCACUCCCAGAGCUCUCUACCUGGUGGUGUAUAACCUCAGCAAGGGAGCCAGCCAAGUGGAUGCCCUCAAACCAUGGCUCUUCAACAUCAAAGCAGUAGCCCCGUUGUCCCCAGUCAUCCUGGUGGGAACCCACACAGAUGUGAGCGAGGAGCCACAGCUCCAGGCCUGUCUGACCAAGAUCAGAGAGGAGCUGCUGAGCCACCAGGGCUUUCCUGCCAUCAAGGACUACCACAUGGUGUCCGUCUGCGAGGACUCAGACGCAGUGGCCAAGCUGCGCAAGGCCAUCGCCAGGGAGGUGACCAGCUUCAAGAUAGAGGGUCAGCCUGUGAUGGGCCAGUUGGUACCAGACAGCUAUGUGGAGCUGGAGCGCCGGGUUCUCCAGGAGAGAACGAGGGUACCCCCGGAGUUCCCCGUCCUCAGGCACCAGGAGCUGCUGCAGCUCAUCCAGGAGAGUCAGCUGCAGCUGGAGGAGGCUGAGCUGCCCCACGCCAUCCACUUCCUCAGUGAAGCAGGCGUUCUCUUGCACUUUGAUGAUCCUGCUCUUCAGCUUCAAGAGCUCUACUUCAUCGACCCUCAGUGGCUCUGUAACAUCAUCUCACAGAAACUGACACUGAAGAGCUGUGGCUUCUGGGAGCAUCCCAAAGGCGUGGUGCAGCGCUCAGUGGUGGAAAAGUUCCUGUUUGAGAGCAAAUGUUUCCCUAAGAGCCACCUGACCCAGUUCUUCAAGCUGCUGGAGAAGUUCCAGAUCGCCCUGCCCUUCGGGGACGACCAGCUCCUCGUACCCAGCAGUCUAUCCAAACACAGGCCGGUGAUAGAGCUGCCUCACUGUGAAAACUCCGAGGUGAUUGUGCGUCUGUACGAAAUGCCCUACUUCCCCAUGGGUUACUGGUCCCGCCAGAUCAGCCGCUUGCUGGAGGUCUCCUCCGUCAUGCUCUUUGGCAGAGAGAAAGUGUUGCGACCCAACCGGAUCUACUGGAGGAGAGGUGUUUACUUGAGCUGGUCCCCUGAGGCCUACUGUCUGGUGGAGGCUGCCCCAGCCGAGGACAACCCUGCCAGCUUUGUCAAGGUCACUGUGCCUUGCUCAAGCAAAGGUCGGAUGCUGCUGGGUCAGGUGGUGGACCACAUCGACUCCCUGUUGGAGGAGUGGUUUCCCGGCUUGCUCAACACUGAUAUGCAUGGCAGUGGCGAGGCCCUGCUGAAGAAGUGGGCUCUCUACAGUUUCAAGGAUGGUCAGGAAUGGAGCAAGAUCUUGCUGGAGGACCUCUUUACCCAUUUUGACAAUGAUUUUCUGUUGGUGAACCCGGAGGACUCGCGAUGCACACUGCCCAUCUCUCAGAUCGCCCCUGACUUGACACUAAGUGACCAGGCUGCAGAGAUCAUACUGGACAGCGAGGAGCUGGAUGUAGACCUCUCUAAGGAGAACCGAUUGGGCGAUGGUGGUUUCGGAACUGUUUAUCGAGGAGUCUACAAAAAAGAAGAGGUAGCUGUGAAGAUUUUCAACAAGCAUGCAUCUGAGCUCUACAUCCACAGGCUCCUCAGACAGGAGUUAGCAGUGUUGGGUCGCCUCCACCACCCCAGCCUGGUUGGCCUGCUGGCAGCCGGUUCUGCCCCCCACGUCCUGGUUAUGGAGUUAGCUCCACGUGGCUCCUUAGACUCGCUUUUUGAGCACGAGAACGGCAGCCUCAACCGGAAACUGCAGCACAGGAUAGCCCUGCAGGUGGCGGACGGACUCAGCUACCUCCAUUCAUCGAUGAUCAUCUACCGAGAUCUGAAGCCCCACAACGUCUUGCUGUUCAACCUGAAGACCAACUCUGAGAUUAUUGCCAAGAUUACUGACUAUGGCAUCGCUCAGUACUGCUGCAGCAUGGGUGUGCGAAGCUCGGAGGGGACGCCAGGUUUCCGAGCGCCAGAGGUCGCCCGUGGAAAUGUGAUCUAUAACCAGCAGGCUGAUGUGUUCUCCUUUGGCCUGCUCCUCUAUGACCUUUUGACCUGCGGCGAGCGCAUCUCUGAUGGCAUGAAGUUCCCCAGUGAGUUUGACGAGAUCGCAGUGCAGGGGAAAUUGCCAGACCCAGUGCAACACUAUGGCUGCUCCCCGUGGCCGGGCUUCCAGGCUCUGAUGAAGGACUGCAUGAAGGAAAGUCCUCAGGAUCGGCCCACAUCUGCUCAGGUGUUUGACAGGCUGAACUCGGGGGAGAUGCUGUGUCUGAUGAGGGAGUUGGUGGUUCCCAGGGCUUCCAGUGCUGAGUGCUUCACCGUGGGCCCCGGCAGCAGUGAUGGCCCCUCGUCCUGCAGCCCCAGGGCCUGGCUGGGUGGAGGCAGCAGCACGCAGAGAGUGGGCUCUGUCACAUCCAUAGACCUGGACAUCAACACAGUCACUACACAGGAGAUUGACACCAGCCCUGUCCUAUGCCUGGUCAUAGUCCAAAUUCCAGAGGAGGCCUGUGAUUGGCUGGUGGCGGGGACCCAGUCCGGCUCCUUGGUGGUCAUCAACAGUCGGGACAUGUCGACGUGGCACCACCUGCAGAGUGUCACCGACGCUGUCACCUCACUGUUCUUCCACACACACCCGCGUCGCUCGCAAAGAAAGAAUUACUUGCUAGUUGGGACGGCUGAUGGAAUUCUUACUGUUUAUGAGGACUCUGCUUUAAAGAGUGAGAAUGGCCAGCCGGUGAAAACCCUCACCAUAGGGACUGUCAACACACCUGUCAUGUGUCUGGGCCAGUCGAUGCACUCGCUGGACAGGACGUCGAUCUGGGCCGGCUGCGGCACCAAGAUCCUCUCAUUCGCCGCGGACUAUGACGUGUGGAAGACCAUCGACACCAGACCCAACCUCAUCUUCCAGCAGCAGCGGGCGAUGGGCAGCGAGGCGUGUGUGUCUCGUAUGGUGGUGGAUAAACACGUGUACCUGAGCAAAGCUGGGGCACCGACGGUCGAAGUGUGGGACAAGAGGAGCGAGAGGAUGCUGGACUGCAUCGACUGUGCUCAGCUGAUCAGGCAUGACUCUGGCUCGAGAGGCAGAAAGGGCAGCAUGGUGGAGCACAGCAAAGCGGCUCCCACCUGGGCCAGAGUGAAGGCCCUGCUGGUGCAGAGCAGCACUGCCCUGUGGAUCGGCACUAGAGGGGGCUACCUGCUGCUGCUGGAGCUUUCCAAACAUCAGGCGCUGCAGGUCAUCGGACCCUGCGGCGAGUCCAUCCGCAGCAUGGCCUCUGCACUCAUAGAAACACUAAACCGGAAGAAUGUGGUGCUGGUGUUGGGCAGAAGACUCUCACAAGACAAGAACCAGCCUGAUGAGGAGUCCGUGCUGAUGAUGUGGAACAGCACCCUGCCGUUGGAGGUCAAAGACCUGAACAAACAUUGUGAGAUGAGAGAGGAGAUAGCGGCCAAAAUGAGAGAGCAGCUCCACCAUAACUGAGCCUCCAGCUUUGUAUAAUGUACAACGAAAAGGGAUCGAAUCUCCAGUCCGUUAAGUGUCAGUAGUACACGUUAAAGGAGAAGGUUUACCUCAUUUUCUGACAGCCAUAAUUUUUAGUGCACUGACCCUGAAAGACCAAGAAGUAAUUAAGCCACCACAAAGUAAUUGCCUAUUACACAUAUAUUUGAUUCCUUAACUGUCUUUUAUGGUGCACACUUAUGAAAUAAGGUGUUGCCGGAUGUAGACAAUCUCUGUGUAAUUUUGAAGACGUUUUUAAAAGGGACACAGAUCUAAUUUGUGUUGUUGUCAGGGCUGUGGCAAUACUGAUGUGCAGGAAAACCUAUUCGUCCUGAGGAAUACAAAUGUUUGUUUACCUGUGAUAUGCUAUAAAGCCAGAAACUGGAAUGUAAGCCAAAGGAAAAAGCCUCUCAAUGCCUAUAUUUGAUUAUUUAUUCUCAUGUCUGUUUUUGUGUUUACCAGUGAGCCGAUUCACUCCAGUCCAAUGCUUUGUACAGGUUUUUUUAGUUCAUGUUUUUUAAUUCAUGUUAUGUAAUGUCAGUGUUUUUGAUGUUGUCAGACAGAACACAUCAGUAAAAUAUUUUAUGUACCA